GAAUAAACUUGUAUUUCAUCUUUCAUCGUUAACCUUUUUGAAGAAAAAUGGCAAGAAUCCACAUUUUUCUCGCCUUUUCUCUGAUGUUUGUUCUUCAAGCCUCGUGCAAAGAUUGCAAAACUCAAUCGUGCUUAAGGAAGCUGUAUAAUUCUAGAGUUACCAGGGCAGAAUACUGGAUAAGACCCUUAAGUGGAUCUGGAAGUUCCGGAAGCUCGGGCAAAUCAAGCGGAGGCCGUGGUUGGUGGCGUGGGAAACGAAGCUUUGACUAUUACUUGCGCCAUGCAGGAGUUGUUGUUACUGUCGAGAAUGGAGACCGAUGGUUGAUCCAUAAGGGGUCGGAUUAUGGUGAUUCAUCUGACACUGUUAUUACAGAUGCUGGUUACAUGUCCGGACAAUGGAGUCAGCUGAAAUCCCGGUCGCUUGGUAGCUGUAGUUACACCGUGAACACGUUCAUGCAGAAUGCACUGAUAUCAAAGCCCUACAAAUUGAUUGGGGCUAACUGCCAGACAGCAGCAAACAAAAUGUGGGAGCUAGUGAAGAGGUGUUAAAAUAGAAAUAGUAAACCUGGAAGCAUUCUCACCUUGAAUGUACCUGUAGUAACAAGAAUAUUCAAUAAAAUUUGCAGAGUUCA